CUUCUAAUAGAAGCCAAUGAAGAAGGCUUGCAACCGCAAUAUGCUGAGUGUUACUUCGAGGAGGACUUUGAGGUGGAGGAGACCAACAGACAGCAACGUUCGAAUUUUUGUUGGCCACCUGCUGAGGAUGAUAGUAGUCGUGCUCCUACAGCAGCUCCUUUGUAUAUAGCUCCACCUGAAACACAGCACGUGGUGGCAAAACCAUUAGAAAAUCCUCCGCCUCCGCCACCGGGUAAUGUUACAGUAUGCGGUCAAUGUCAUUGCAGUGGUGAGUCUGAGCAGCAGCAGCAACUGCAAAUACAGCAGCAACAACAACAACAAUCUCAAUGGCAAAGUCGUUCCGCUCCUCAAUUAACCAGUGGUGUUGCUCAACUGGAAUGUGAAUCAGGAUCGGAUUCUUAUACAUCCACCAGCACUACUACCACCACCACCUCGGAGGAGUAUCAACGCAUGUAUGCGGCACAGGUACAGGCCUAUCAAAUGCAGCAGGCCUACGAACAGUCUGGUUCUGAAUUUGACUAUCACAUGGACAUGGAAGUAGCCGCUAUGCAGCAACAAGAUCAUUUGCAGCUCUCGUCGUCACAUUAUUCCGAGAGUGGCCGCCGUAGUGCUCAAGAAUGCAUAGAGACUUUAGUGCCCCCCUUAAGCACCUACCGACUGGUAGACAUGGUAAGAGAGGUAACUCCCAGUCCUGUACCCGAACCUAGUCAGGGAUCGCGCCAUGUGGUCUUUCUAGAUGAUCCCGAAGUCAAAGAAGAGGAUUCAUAUUCUGAACAUCGUCAACGCGAAGAACAAGGUAAUGAAGGCGAAGAAAAACAACAACAAAAACACACAACAGAAACACAAGAAUCCUCGUAUGAGGAAGAAAUUGAAGAGAAAGGUUUCGUCAAAGAUGAUCGUUCUCAUAUCCUAGAAAGUCAACGUAUUUUCCAACCUACUCCCGAAAUUAAAUUCGAAAUAGCCCCCGUCAAACAAAUACCUCCCACCAAGAUUCCCAAUCCUUGUCCCAAAGAGUGGAUAAACCCUAUGGUACGGGUUUUGACCACUGCUCCUGAGACACCCUUUCAUAUGGUAGGUUGUUUGUGUCCCAAACCCUGCGAGUGUACAUGUCAAGUAGAUCCUGAGGCAGAAGUUGCCAAGGAAAUACCUGAAGAGCCUCCUAAAGAACCAAUACCAGAACCUUACGAACGACCACCAUCUCCGGAACCCGAACCAGUGCACAUCAAUACCAUUUGGGAUACUCCCACGCUCUCCAAAGCAAUGACUAUUGCUCCAGAGUUUGAACUGAAAUUUGCUCCACCCGCCUCCGAAGGUAUACCCUUGCCCGAGGAGACUGAGCCUUACAUGCCCCCACCCACUGAAAUUAAGCCCUAUGUACGCGAGGAUUAUCGUCCAAAGACUCCUUUGUUACGUGCUCUAACCACGGCUCCAGAAAAACCUUUCGAAGCGCACUUUGAUCGUGAUGUUCCCAUACAUAUUCUCGAUUUGCCUACACCCAAGGAACAUCUAUCAAUGAAGGAUGCCUUGCGCACAGCGCCCGAACGUCCUUAUACUCCACUAGAUCCUGAAAAUGCCACACACAUGUUUGAGGAGAAGCAAAAAGAAGAAGAAAAGAAAAAGACAGAAUUUCAGGUUUUGGACAGAGAAGAAGAAUUGGGUUUGUCGAAGGAGGCAUUGGAACAGGUGGAGUAUUAUACCACAGAAAAGCGUAAAUCAUCAACAUCAGCAUUUGCGGCCAUGCAAGCAUUCCAACCAUCCUCACAACCUUUAUCCUCUACAACGACACCUCGCCACUCCAUUUCCUACACUAAAGCCGAAAAUGAUCUCGAGUAUAAAAAAUAUUAUGAUGCUCAUGAGCGUUAUCAGAAAAGACGUAGUUAUUUUUCACAAAAGGAGCAAGAACUCUUACAACAACAACAAACCAACACAACCUCACAACUACAAGAACAACAACAACAACAACAGACUAAUACACGUGAAGAGUCCUCAUUGUAUUCCUCUACCAAAGCUAGCACUUCUUCCUCUAACUCCUUCUCCGCAGUCCAACAACAACAACAGCAAACUACCUCAUCAACAUAUGCUUCGAAUUUAACACAAGCUACCAAAUCAUCCCAAUCAAUGGCUUAUGCGACAGCUGGUUCCGCAUCCACAAAAGUAGAUGUACAAGAAAUAAUCGAAGAAGUAACCGAUGAACUUGAGCAUUCUGAGGUUAUCUUUCCACCACCCUCACCCCUUAGUCAUUUGAAACAAAAAACAACAUCGGGUCUCCACAGACCAGACUCCAUACCGAAAUACCAGCGCAAUUGGACAGUGCUGCCCACUCAAAGUCCUGCACGCACACCGGAACCACCAGAAUUGCGUGAAAAUAUCCCUCUGGCUUUUGUAGAUACUCCCAAAACACCCACUACCUUUAAUGGUACCAGUGGUAAUACUGUACAUAAACCUGUGGCCCAAAUGUCUGCACGCUCAGUCACCCAGCAGCAAUCACAGUCGCACCAACAGCAGACAUCUGCUUCUGCCUACAGUUCAUCUGCUAUGUGUUGCAAAACCGAACAGAGGCAGCAGCAAAUGUCUUCGACAGUCAAUACUUCCUCCACAACCGCUUCCGAUUCCGCUAAACAGCAGCUACAGUUGACUAAACCCACUAUACCAAUUAUUGUUGAAGAUCGCUCGGGACCAGUUACCAUGGCUUUUCAAGCUUUAGAUGAACAUAUGGUGAGAGAUCAAUCUCAAACACCCUCACGGCCAUAUACGCCUUCCAUGAUAAAUAAACCAGCCCCCAUAACUCCAUACUAUCAGACGCCUGAAAAAUUAUGCUUUGAUGAAUGUCCGGCUACUCAUGCUCGUGAUUACGAUCGUCGUUCAGCUUCUCCUUUUCCAGAUCGCGCUAGAUCUCCAGCUCCUGGACCACCACCAAAUCCAUUGGCUGCUAUACGUGCUCCUCGCAUGAAGGAAACAGAAGUCUCACCACUAAGUCCACGCGUACUACAAGCCGGCUCUAUUACAACGGGACAAAGCUAUUUGGGAGCUCAACAGGCUCAACAGCAAGAACGAUUGCUCUCUCACACCGCCACUGGCACUCAAUCGGCCAUGCAAAGUUUCACCCAAGAGCCGGAGAAGAGAGAAAAAAUGCAAAUUGGUAAUAUGACCGUGGAAAGAAGUGAGAAGGCUUCGCGUCUGGAGGAACAAAAACAAAGUCAAAUGCAAUCUCACACCAAAACACAAGUGGGCAACACCCAGAUCGAACGUAGACGCAAAGUUACCGAAGAAUUCGAGCACACUUCAUCGGCUAAGACUGUGGAAAUACGCACUGGUUCACAAUCCACCACAGAAAGGAGACAGUCGUAUGGAAAAACUGGUUAUGUGGCCAAUCAGGCUAGACGCUUGUCUGGUCUCGAACAAGAGAUCACCAACUUGACCAGCCAGUCACAGGCCAUUAGUGCUCGAGCGGCCACUUUGACGGAAACGAAAUUUCCCGAACUGCAUAGUGAGGGCGGUCAGUCGAAAUUCCCCACAAAACCAGUGCUUUCUACUCACGAUGAACCUCAGCAACCGAGCUAUUAUGUUUCUGGAGCCACUACUAAAAAAUUGGAUGAACCGGCUUGCACGAUCUACCCACCAGCCCAGCAAACCCAAUUAUCAACUACGUACGGAGCAUCAUUGGUUUCUGCGCAGCAAUCACAAUCGCAACAACAACAGAAAUCAUUAACUACAUUAUCAACAACAUCAUGUUCACAUCAACAAAAACAACAACAAGCUAACACUGUUAGCUGUAGUCUAACCAAAGCUUCUGCUACUACUUGUACUAAUAAUCAAGCUUAUCAAUCGAUCACAGCUGGCUCUAACCUUAAUGCUACUUCUACUUCUGCCACUACUUCAUCUGCAACUGGCACUGCACCCUCGGGUGUUUGCCCAGUAACGGGUACAUUCUGUCGUCCCGGUCAUACGUGCUGCAAGCAGCAACUAUUGCAAUCAUCAAAUAAUAAUGGCUCACGACCGACUGCUUCUUUAGGUACAGCUGGUUGUAAGCCACCACAUGCUCCAGCUUCCUCUAAUAUU